GUAGCCUCUGUAGGGGAGACUGGCUGAUCCCUUCAUCUACUUGCACAGAAAUUGGCACUUCCUGAAGAAGGAGAUGCAUAAAUACCCAGAAUGAGUGCCACAGCAGCCACGAGUUGCCCCUUGCCACCACUGCUUGCACCUGAAGAAGAGGAGCAAGAGUGUUCUGAGACACAUAUGUCUGUCUUGUGGUAUGCAGGGGAGUUUGCAGUCGCCUACUAUGAUACAGAAGACUGCUCAGUUUACUUCAUGCCUGACACACCUGAUAAUGAAGGCCUCGAGCUACUACAAAAAGUGACUGGGGAAGUUCAUCCCAAAUGCAUAGUGACAAGUGCAAAACAGGACCAGAAUAUUGCCAAUUUCCUGACCAACCUAGCAGACAGUGACAGCAAUAAAGGAAAAAUAGAAAUUGUCCUGUUUCCUAACAUAGAUUUUGGCCUGGAAGUCAGCAAGCAACGAAUCCUAUCUAGACAAUUUCCAUUUAUCCCAUCCCAUAUGACUGCUACAGAAAAAAUUCUUUAUUUGUCCUCAGUCAUCCCUUUUGAGAGCCCACUCGUGAUCAGAGCAUUAGGGGGGCUCCUUAAGUACCUGGACAGGAGAAGGGUUGGAGUUGAAUUGGAAGAAAGCAGUAUUGUAGUUCCUGUUUUGGCCUUUAGAAAGUUUGUGCUGUCAGAAACUGUGAAUAUAGACCAAGACACUUACUGUGUCCUGCAGAUAUUCAAAAGUGAUAUCCAUCCUUCUGUGUAUAAGCUUUCUAGUGGAUUAAAGGAAGGAUUCAGUUUAUAUGGGAUUUUAAAUCGCUGUAGGUGCAAACGGGGAGAAAAACUUUUGAGGCUGUGGCUUACGCGACCUACUCGGAACUUGACAGAACUAAAUAAAAGGCUGGAUGUGAUCCACUUCUUCCUGUUGGCUCAGAACCAUGAAACAGUCCUUACCCUUCAGGAUUGCCUCAGGAAUAUAAAAAAUGUGCCUCUUAUUCUAAAAAGAAUGACUCUAUCCCAUACGAAAGUUAGCGACUGGCAAGCACUCUAUAAAACAGUGUAUAGUGCACUGUGCCUUAGAGACACAUGUCGCUCUCUUCCCCAUAGUAUCGAACUCUUUCAGACUAUUUCACGUGUCUUCACUGAUGAUCUGCAAUACAUUGCUAGUCUAAUCAGCAAAGUGGUGGACUUUGAAGGCAGUGUCUCACAAAAUCGCUUCACUGUUAGACCCAACGUGGAUCCCACCAUUGAUGAAAAGAAGCGAAGGCUAAUGGGUCUGUCAGACUUUCUGACUGAGGUGGCACAAAAAGAACUGGAAACGUUGGACAGCCAUAUUCCUUCCUGUUGUGUGAUCUACAUUCCUUUGAUUGGGUUCCUUCUCUCCAUUCCACGGCUACCAAGUAUGGUGGAUAAAAGCGACUUUGAAAUUGAAGGCUUGGACUUCAUGUUCUUGUCCGAGGAUAAACUGCACUACAGAAGUGCUAGAACUAAGGAGCUAGACAGCCUGCUGGGUGACUUGCACUGUGAGAUAAGAGACCAGGAAACACUUAUUAUGCACCAGCUGCAGACAAAGAUCUUGGAGAGGUCUGAAGUGCUUAACAGCGUGAUCGAGUAUACUGCACACCUAGAUGUGCUGUUGGCUUUGGCAGUGAUGGCCCGGGAGAACUCUUACUGCCGGCCACGCUUUACACAGCGCCAUGGCUUCCACAUCAAGGACGGAAGACAUCCACUGAUGGAACUAUGUGCAAAGACAUUUGUGGCUAAUCCUGUGAACAGUGGUGAGGCUACCAGACGAAUAAAGAUAAUCACUGGGCCCAACUCGUCUGGAAAGAGCAUCUACCUAAAGCAAGUAGGUCUUAUAAUAUUUAUGGCUCUAAUCGGCAGUUACGUGCCUGCAGCAGAGGCAGAGAUAGGAGCAAUUGAUGGGAUUUACACAAGAAUCCACACUAGGGAAUCAGUUUCUGUAGGACUCUCCACAUUCAUGAUUGAUCUUAACCAGGUUGCCAAGGCAGUAAACAACGCUACAGAGAGGUCAUUGGUACUUAUUGAUGAGUUUGGCAAGGGAACCAACACACUAGAUGGCCUGGCCCUUCUGGCUGCUGUGCUGAAGUAUUGGAUCAAUCAAGGAACCCAGUGUCCGCAGGUCUUUGUCUCCACUAAUUUUCACAGCUUAAUGCAGCUGGAACUCUUGCCUGACACACCUCUUCUGGAAUAUCUGGCCAUGGAGACCCACCAAGAUGGAGAUGAGUUGGUGUUUUUCUAUCAGAUCAAACAAGGAGUAUCCACUGUUAGUCAUGCUGCCAACAUUGCUGCACUAGCUGGAAUGCCAGCCAAAAUUAUUGAAAGAGGAGUGGAAGUGUCAGAACUGAUUCGCAAUGGAAAAGCUAUCAAACGUAUUGAUCAUCCUGCCAAAGGAGACCAGAUGGAAAAAUGCAAGGCUGUUGUUGAAAGGUUUCUUAGCCUAGAUCUUGAUGAUCCUAAUGUGAACUUAGAAGAGUUCAUGCAUAAAGAGGUGUUGCCUUCUGCAGCCUCAAUUCUGUAGCAUGGCUAUGUCUAUAGGCAUAUAUUACAAGUUAUCUGCCAUGUUCAGUAGGGUGGUUUGGUAAUUUCAACAAUGACUAUGACUAAUGUAUCACACUACAUUUUACUUUUUAAAACUGUCUAUAGUGCAUGCUAUUUCUUAUUCCUGUCUAAAAUCAGUAUGGAAGCUAUAUAUCUCUGUAUGGUGCAUGGUAUGAAAGCAGGAAGACUGAAAGAGGAGAGAGAAUUCAAGAACCUCUUCCAGCUGUUGGAUCGUGCAUUUUGAGCCCCUAUUGUUGGAUUCUCAGACUGGAAAAAUACUGUAGAAAAAUCGAAAUAGUUCUGCUGGUCUCGUGAGACUAUAAAAACAAAGUGUUUAUUGUUUUGUGUACAGUGGAAGUAAUCAUUUCGGUCAUUUUAGGAUCAUCACCAAACGAUCACAUUCAGACAGCAAUACGUACUAAAGGAUUUCUGGAUGUUAUGCAGCAUUUAUCAGAGAACACCCAAAGAAACACUGUGCCUGCUUAACCUGGGGAAGUUUUCCAUGGCACAUUUAAUUUCAGGACUGUCAAACUAAAUGUAAAGAAUGAGUUUCUCCACUUCUGAGCAGAUAAGAAGGUAACCUGAGAAGCUGAGUGGACACUCAGACAUCUCCUCCCUUAUCCACUUUAUCUGAAAUGUUAUCCUUUAUUAAUUUCUAUUUCCAAGGUUGUGCUUUUUGUUUUGUUUUUACAUUUAUCAUCUUGUCUAUGUUCAGCUUAAUGCUGCGACUUCAAAGUGGAAAGCUGCUUUCUUCAGAUGUUUCACAAUUAAACUCAAAAUGAUAGAGAAGACUGAUGCUAAUGCCAGUGGAUUGACUGACGAUGCUUCCUGUUAAUUUACAGAUUUUCAAUACAUAAUAUCUUUCUAAAUCUAUAGAAUACUACGUGUAUUAUCCAGUAUUAUGGAGGACCAAGGAAGAUUAUUCGAAAUGACACCGACCCGGUUCUGUCAGUAGCUGUGAAUAUCAGAACACAGAAAAUAUGUAUCCUGGCCAAUACUUCAUGCAAGGUAGAUGAAUGCUUUAAAGAAACAAGAAAGAAAGAAAGAAAGAAAGAAACAACAGACUGGCAAAAAAGCACCUUGAAGAUCUGAGAUAUUUUAACAAAACAGUUACAUUGAUGAGCAGCUGAUAUUCUGCAAAAGCUGUGGAUUUUUAGAAUAUUUUUAAAAGCAGCUGUUAUAACAA